ACACAGUACUCUACUAGGCUGGAGACAGGUGGGUUCACACAGUACUCUAGCAGUACUCUACUAGGCUGGAGACAGGUGGGUUCACACAGUACUCUAGCAGUACUCUACUAGGCUGGAGACAGGUGGGUUCACACAGUACUCUAGCAGUACUCUACUAGGCUGGAGACAGGUGGGUUCACACAGUACUCUAGCAGUACUCUACUAGGCUGGAGACAGGUGGGUUCACACAGUACUCUAGCAGUACUCUACUAGGCUGGAGACAGGUGGGUUUACACAGUACUCUACUAGGCUGGAGACAGGUGGGUUCACACAGUACUCUAGCAGUACUCUACUAGGCUGGAGACAGGUGGGUUCACACAGUACUCUAGCAGUACUCUACUAGGCUGGAGACAGGUGGGUUCACAUCGUCCUCUAGCAGGGGCCGGUUCGGGACCAUGUAACGUUACAGAACGUUCAGAUACAAACCUUCAUGUUGAAUAGGGAGUUGUCAGGGAAACAGAAUGAAUAGAUCUGCAACAAGGUUCAGAAUGUUUCACAUCACUGAGUCGUCCUAUACCCCAGUGGAGACAGGUGGGUUCACGCCAGGUCACAGAGGCUGGAGACAGGCGGGUUCACGCCAGGUCACAGAGGCUGGAGACAGGCGGGUUCACGCCAGGUCACAGAGGCUGGAGACAGGUGGGUUCACGCCAGGUCACAGAGGCUGGAGACAGGCGGGUUCACGCCAGGUCACAGAGGCUGGAGACAGGCGGGUUCACGCCAGGUCACAGAGGCUGGAGACAGGCGGGUUCACGCCAGGUCACAGAGGCUGGAGACAGGUGGGUUCACGCCAGGUCACAGAGGCUGGAGACAGGCGGGUUCACGCCAGGUCACAGAGGCUGGAGACAGGCGGGUUCACGCCAGGUCACAGAGGCUGGAGACAGGCGGGUUCACGCCGGGUCACAGAGGCUGGAGACAGGCGGGUUCACGCCAGGUCACAGAGGCUGGAGACAGGCGGGUUCACGCCAGGUCACAGAGGCUGGAGACAGGUGGGUUCACGCCAGGUCACAGAGGCUGGAGACAGGUGGGUUCACGCCAGGUCACAGAGGCUGGAGACAGGUGGGUUCACGCCAGGUCACAGAGGCUGGAGACAGGUGGGUUCACGCCGGGUCACAGAGGCUGGAGACAGGCGGGUUCACGCCGGGUCACAGAGGCUGGAGACAGGCGGGUUCACGCCGGGUCACAGAGGCUGGAGACAGGCGGGUUCACGCCAGGUCACAGAGGCUGGAGACAGGCGGGUUCACGCCAGGUCACAGAGGCUGGAGACAGGCGGGUUCACGCCAGGUCACAUAGGCUGGAGACAGAUGGGUUCACGCCAGGUCACAGAGGCUGGAGACAGAUGGGUUCACGCCAGGUCACAGAGGCUGGAGACAGGUGGGUUCACGCCAGGUCACAGAGGCUGGAGACAGGUGGGUUCACGCCAGGUCACAGAGGCUGGAGACAGGUGGGUUCACGCCAGGUCACAGAGGCUGGAGACAGGUGGGUUCACGCCAGGUCACAGAGGCUGGGUUCACGCCAGGUCACAGAGGCUGGGUUCACGCCAGGUCACAGAGGCUGGGUUCACGCCAGGUCACAGAGGCUGGGUUCACGCCAGGUCACAGAGGCUGGGUUCACGCCAGGUCACAGAGGCUGGGUUCACGCCAGGUCACAGAGGCUGGGUUCACGCCAGGUCACAGAGGCUGGGUUCACGCCAGGUCACAGAGGCUGGGUUCACGCCAGGUCACAGAGGCUGGGUUCACGCCAGGUCACAGAGGCUGGAGACAGGUGGUUUCACGCCAGGUCACAGAGGCUGGAGACAGGUGGGUUCACGCCAGGUCACAGAGGCUGGAGACAGGUGGGUUCACGCCAGGUCACAGAGGCUGGAGACAGGUGGGUUCACUCCAGGUCACAGAGGAUGGAGACAGGUGGGUUCAGGUCAGAGGCUAGCUAUGGUGACAGUCUGCCAGCUCUCAUUAGCCGUUAUGUCUGAGGGUAAAUAAUACAUGUUGAGCCUGUCAUGUGGAGAUAUAUAUACAUCCAUACACACACACACACACAAGAAUGUAGUAUGUUUAUGGGAUAGAUGGAGCUGAAAGGUAGGAGAGAGCAGGCUUAAAGAGCAGUGGGCUGUAUUGGAACCCAUGCUGACAGCGGUACAUGGUAGAUGCGCUCCAGAGGCAGCGGGUUAGACAGCUAGACCACCCCAGGCCACACCGAUCACUUCUCAUCGCUAGUCAGGCUCCAUUAUAGAGCUGAUCUGUUACACAACAUUAGGACUGUAGGAGGAAGCAGAGCAUGUCGUUCACUACACAUGGAGCUUUUUCAUUCAAAUCUUGUGAUCAUGGUGGGGCUAGGCAAUAGAAUAUGAUUUAAAUAAAUUGCGAUGAUUAAAUAAAUAAUUGCGCUGUUAGGUCUGUAUGUACAGUAUUUUGUGAUGACACCUAUUGCCCGUGGCUCAAAUAAAGCUCUCUCAAUUUCAAUUCAAAGGGGCUUUAUUGGCAUGGGAAACAUGUUUACAUGCCAAAUGAAAUAAACAAACAAUCCCUCUCUCUUUUC